CCCCCUCUACAGAAAACUGGAGCAGGAAGCAGAGGGGAAAUGCUUUUUUGUGUUGAUGUUUUGAGCUGUUUAACGUUAAAUUCUCGAGCAAUUUAGAGCUAUUUGACGUCUAUAUAAUUAAAGAUUACAGGUCUCUUUGAAAAGCUGUCAAUACGAAGGGGGAAAUCAACAUGAACCUAGAGCGCCUUCCCAAUGAGGAGAAACUCACCCUCUGCAGGAAAUACUAUUUAGGGGGAUUUGCUUUCCUUCCGUUCCUGUGGCUGGUGAAUGUGGUGUGGUUUUUCAAAGAGGCCUUUGUAAAGCCAACAUAUACUGAACAACUCCAGGUCAAAACAUAUGUAAAGCGAUCAGGGCUGGGGUUGCUACUGUGGGUUGCAGUACUCACCACAUGGAUAACCAUAUUCCAACACUUCAGAGCAGAAUGGGGUGAGGUGGGCGACUAUCUCUCCUUCACCAUUCCACUUGGCAUUCCCUGAGACAGACAAGGCAGGAAACAAGAAAGCUUCCUCAGUCCACUCUUUGUCACUGAUGGUCCACUCAUACACACCAAAUCAUGUCCCAUAUACUGUAGCUAGAACUAUUCUCAUUAGGCUAAAACUGUACCUGAGAUGUGUGGCUACUGUAUAAAACUUGACCAUAACAGAAUAAUAGACAGAUCUAACAUAGGUUGAAAUAGUUAAAUGUGUAGUUGAUCUCAAUGGAUAAUCAUGGUAAUUUUUUCUGGCCUUUAAUGAGUGGGAAGAUGUCCUAUGAACACUGCACCUUUCCCCCAAAUUGUGUCUAGUGUGUGGAUGUCUCAACACGUUUGAGUAAGUUUGGAAGGUUAUACAGGCGAAUGGUAUGUAUGACAAAAAUAAAUCGCAAAUUCAUUAACUUUCUAAAUGAAACGGAAGUGUAUGCCUUUUUUUAUUUGUUGUAAUAAAGUAUUAAGGUUAGAUGCUG